GAUGCCGGUUUCCUUCGCCGCGGAUGCGGAGGUCGUGGAGGAGGAGCCUCCGUCAAGGCCCGUGGACAAGAGCGCCUGGCCGCCGGCGCUCCCGCUGCGCGGGGUGGUGCAGCACUACGCGUGGGGGAAGCCGUGGGCCACAUCACUCGUGGCGGCGAUGGCCACGGGCCAGGAGCGCUCCAGGAAGGAGUUGAAUCAGGCCGAGAUGAUUUCUUGGAGUGAGUUCUUCUCGAGCCUCUCCGAGGACUCGAUCGGCAGUGGUAGUGGUGGUUAUUCCUCUCCCAUCCUCCUCUCUUCCUGUCCUCAACCUCCCGCCCCGGUGCCGGACACCACAGAGGUGUUCCAGUGA